ACACAACAUGAACUUUGACACGCAGUGCAAGAAGCUUGAACGAGGCACCAACUUUUUCUGUCAAAAAGGGUAGGAAAAAACAAGAAAGGCUGAGAUUUUAGCGGAUUUUAGGAAGGAGGAUACAUCAUAAAGGUACCAUGGGAGAGUUAAAGCUCCAUGAUGUUCGGUUUUUCCGGUUCAUGCCUAAAGCCAUCCACAGUAUCGCUCACCAACACACUACCAACAGGGUGGCUGUCUCCAGGUCAGAUGGGUCCAUAGAAAUCUACAGCAUCAAUGACAACUGGUACCAGGAAAAGCUGAUAUGUGGAGAUGCAGGGAGGUCCGUAGAGGCCAUGGUUUGGGUCGGCCAGCGUCUCUUCUCUGCUGGUCUCCAUGGUGAUAUCAUCGAGUACGACAUGACCAAGCUCACACCAAAGUAUGCAGUGGACUCCUAUGGUGGAGCAGUGUGGUGUAUGGCAGCCAACAACUCACAGUCUACCAUUGCAGUAGGAAGUGAGGAUGGUUGUGUACGACUGUUUGAAGUCACGGAGGGGGAGCUGUCCUAUUCAAGAGCUUUUAAGAAGCAAGAAGAGAGGAUCCUGUCGCUAGCCUGGCACGAAAGUGGAGAGGUGUUAGUGACUGGGUCAUGUGAUAACAUCAGGGUGUGGGAUGUGGCCACAGGUCUUCCCACCUUAAGAAUAAAAGUUGAACGACUAGUGCGGACCAGAGAAACCAUAGUGUGGUGUGUGGCUAUCUUAAGAGACUUCACAAUAGUCAGUGGGGACUCACUAGGCAAAACCAGAUUCUGGAAUGGCAAACAUGGAACCCUUAUACAGAGUCAUCAUUGCCACAAAGCGGAUGUGCUGUCCAUGUGUGUUAGCAAGGAUGAGACGUUGGUGUGGACGGCCGGUGUGGACCCGAAGGCCAUCCGCUUUGAAAAGGUUGCUGGGAAGGAUGAGGGCAGCAGAGCGAGCUGGGUCCGCCACAAUGUCGCGAAGAGACACACACACGACGUCCGCGCUCUGGUCAACACAGGAGAAUACGUUGUGUCGGGAGGAGUUGAUAUGACUCUAGUGGCCAUGCCUGUCGGUAAGCUGGGGAAGCAAAGCAGGAACAUACUACCUUUCCCACAGAGAAGACUUGUGCAUGUUGCUGAGACAGCGCGGACGUUACUGUUCCAGUACCAGACUAGACUGGAACUGUGGCAGCUGGGAAACACUGCAGCUGUGUCAGGUAUGCCUGAUGCAAGACUGCCAAUCAACCAGGAGCCAGUGUCUCUACUGGACCUGAAAACAAAGAACAUGAAGCAGAUCGUGUGCAGUGCCGUCUCCGGGUGUGGCACCUGGGUUGCCUAUGGCAACGCCCAACAUGUCCGACUGUUCCAUUUGCCUAAAGAAGAGGGGGUGAAAGUAAAAGUACAGAGGGUGAGGUGCCUUCCCAUUGACCUACGACCUGCUCAUCACAUGAUCUUUACCCACAAUGCCUCAGGGCUGGUGACAGCGACCAAUCAGGGUGCAGUACAGUUUCUCCGUGUAGAUGCUGUACACCCUGUUCUAGUCCACACUUUUGUGCCUCCAGAAAGUGGAGCCCCUCCCACCCCUAUCAGUGCCCUGGCUGUGAGUAGUGACUCCCAGUGGAUAGCAGCAGCCCAUCUCGACUGUUCUGUUCACGUUUACAAUGUAAAGGCAAGGAAACACCAGUGCAGUCUUCCUAAACACCCCAGCCUGGUUUCUGCCAUGAACUUUCACCCCACAGAACCAUGGCUUAUGGUGGUCCAUGCCUCACAACAGUUUUUUGAGUACGAUGUUUUGGAGAGCGAGUACACGGACUGGAGUCGGACUGUUCAGCGUCAGGGGCUGCACCAGGAGUGGCUGAAAAGGUUGGAGGUUGUGACCCAGGUCGCGUACAAUCCCGCCAAUCCGACACAAAUCCUCCUCCAGGACCAGCGGAUGUUUUGUAUCAUAGAUAAGGACAAAAAGCUGCCGAGACCCGGGAGUCAGUUCUACAGCAGGGAGAAACUGAUGAGGAUGGACCCGGCUGUCAGGGAGGAGAACAGGCACGCCUUCGCUGUCUGCAGGGGAUAUCGGGCCCUUCUGCACGUGAGUUUCCUGGAGGACGGGGCAGAACUUGUGGCCGUGGAGCGACCAAUCAAGGCCGUCACUGACAAGCUGCCGCCAACCCUCAGUCAGAAGAGAUUUGGCACGUAACAACAGCAUAGCCAAAAACAUACAGGCCACACCUGCAUAGCCUCUACCAGGCUUGGGAGGUGGCUGGAAAGAGUAGAAAUUGGCCAAAUAGAGAGAUAACA